AUGGCAAUGCACGUCUCUUGCGCUGAACUAUCUCUACCUCGGCUGUUUCACCUGGAUGACUACGAUCGAUGCCUCGCAGCGGGAGGACUCUACUGCACCGGUACCUUUAAAUUGACCCAACGUCAAUCCUCUUCAGCUUAUAGUCACAUUCAGAAAUAUUCUUCGGACCCUCGCCACUUCAAUCGCACACUUAUUCACCGCGGUUACUGCAUCUCAGUGCGAUGUUCAUCAUCGGAGCCCAAUACUACGCUACGUUUUCAGCGCUGUGUGGACCAACAUGCUUUAGUGCCAGGACUUAAGGCUUCUAUCCUAUCUCAUACUUGCAGUAGUCAGAAGAAGAGUAAAGUUGUUGACACAGCAGAACUAGCAUAUUUGUGCGUGAUUGGAUGGUUACUUGCACUGAAUGCUGUCGGUACACUUUACGAUGUAAUAAGAGAAACGAAGAAUCCAUAUAUUCUGGCAUGGUCACUUCGCUGCAACUGGAACCGGUUGACGGCCACCUUCGAAGAUGGAGAUCCACGGCUUACUUCGCUUACUCCCAUACAGGGGCUCCGAGUUUUGCUGCUGGUUUUGGUGAUGAUGACGCAUACAUCGGAGAUCCAACAUAAACUAUAUCUAUACAAUCCGACUCGGCUGGAAAAACUCCUACAACACCCAGCAACAAUGCUUAUACGCAAUGGAUCUGCGUUAGUAAUGGGUUUCGUCGUAAUCUCGAACUUUCUUUUCGCCUAUAGUCUCCUUCUUAUUUCCAAGACUCGGAAAUUGAGCCUUGCUCAGCUUCCAAUGUGCCUGUUACAUAGACUUGUGAGGUUAGCCCCCGUACAUCUCGUGGUAGUGGGUUUCGCUGCAACGUGGUGGCGUCAUGUUGGAGACGGUCCCCAAUGGCAGAGCAUUGUAGCUGCCGAGAGCGAUGUCUGCCGGAGGAAAUUUCUUAGCCACGUUUUCUUUCUUCAAAAUCUAGUUAACCCAGAUGAACAUUGCUUACUACAGACUUGGUUUUUAGCCGUGGACGUGCAGCUGUACAUUUUGGCUGCGGCACUUACGCUGUGGCUGCAACAAACAGGCAGACGGGCAGUGCCACUGUUGACAGCGCUGUUUUUUGGCUCAUGUCUUCUCAACGUGAUUCUAGCUUAUGUAAACGACUGGAAAUCUCUUCUUUAUAUAAUGCUGCCUGAAAAUGUUCGCAAUACCUUUCGUACCGAGCCAUCGUUUUAUCGCUUCUACGUAGCGCCAUGGGGCAGUCUGCCCGCUUGCUUGCUAGGACUUUGGCUUGCUCACGUGCAUUACAAUAUACAGGAGAGUGGAUCUAAAUUUUUUAAUAAUAAGAUAUUACGAUGGACAUUCCACCUCAUCAUUCCGAUCCACGUAGCGUGUAUUAAAUCCGGCAGUUAUAUAGAGGACAGCACGUCUCGUCUCACAACGGCUCUUUAUUUGGGAGUAGAGCGCCCUCUCUUUGCGAUCCUAGCGGCAUUCUACGUCUUAGGUUUCGUUAACAAUAUCGACAAUUUCAUUCGUCGCAUCCUGUCAAUACGCUUUCUGCAAGUAGCGGGACGUAUGUCGUUAUCAGCCCUGAUGCUUCACUGGUGCGUCAACCUUAUUCUGGUUGGUUCACGUCGAACUUUAACCGAAGUCUCCGUCGCCAAUAUUGCGUCUGAUUUAAUAUCGACUAUAUGGUGGACCUAUGUAAUCGCGGUGCCUCUCAGUCUCCUCGUAGAAGCCCCAUUCCAGAAGACUUUAAACACUUUUAUAUCCUCCUUACAAGCUUCACAAACACCCACUGUCAUACACCAAAAGCCAUCAUUUAAGAACACAAGAAGAAGAAAGUCUUCUUUAAAAAAGUGGAGAUAA